CGUUGCAACGUGUUUAGAAACUUGGAGCUCAAAAUGGCUGAACCGCGUGCAUCUUGUUCAAAAUAUAUUAGUGAUAAUGAAGAACAAAGUGAGGAAGAAACAGAAAUGGAAGUCCAAGAUGGUAAUAGUGACGAUACGGAGAUGGAUAUUAAACCAUUAUCUAAAUCUCAGCCAGUGAGAAAAAAGAAACGAGGGAUAAUAUAUAUUUCGUCGAUACCAAAGUACAUGAACGUGAUUAAAGUUCGAGAAAUUUUUUCCCAGUAUGGAGAAAUUGGGAGAGUUUAUCUACAACUCGCUGAACACGAGUUAAAACCGAAAACAAAAAAGCAGAAAAAAAGGAAAAAACCAGCAAUGCAUUUCACAGAAGGCUGGGUUGAAUUUGAAAGUAAAAGAGUAGCCAAAUUCGUUGCAGAGAGGUUGAACAAUACGCUGAUUUCCGUAAGCAAAAAAAGCAAAUUUUGCGACAUAACAUGGAACAUAAAAUACUUACCAAGAUUUAAGUGGAUUCAUUUGAGCGAAAGACUCGCUUACGAAAGGGCAGUGCACAAACAAAGAAAGAUUACUGAAAUCGCACAGGCGAAACGUGAGGCAAGCUUUUUCUCUUUCAAUGUCGAUAGAAGUGAGAAAUUGAAAAAGAAGAAAGAUAAGGGAGAGAAAUCAACAUCUGACACUUGGGAAGUUACUCAGAGAGACACCGAUAUGGAAAUCAGGAAAAAGAAAAACGAAGUCACGGAUAAUAGAACAGAACUUGUCAAGAAAUUAUUUAGUUAAUCUCAUUUAUAAUGUAAAUAGAAAGUAUUUUUUAAAUUUUUUAAUAGGACAAUACAUUAUUUAUUAAUGUAAAA